GCCGCGCGCCUCCCUCAGUUCCUGGCCGACAGAACGGGCGAAUUCCCGAAGCCGUCAGGUGGCCGUAGGUAGAGAGGUAACUUUACAUCACCAAAUGGUUAAAUUAAUUUGCACUUUGGCAGACCACAAAGAUGAUGUCAACUAUUGUGCCUUCUCUUCUUCCUAUUUGGCUACGUGUUCCUUGGACAAAACAGUCCGUCUGUAUUCGUUAAACAAUUUUGGUGAGGUUUCUUACUCACCACUGAAAGGCCACACUUACGCUGUCCAUUGCUGUUGCUUCUCUACUUCGGGACACAUUUUGGCUUCAUGUUCUACAGAUGGCAACACAAUUUUGUGGAAUACUCAAGAUGGGUUGAAAAUGGCAGUGUUGGAGCAUCCCUGUAGAAACCCUCUAAGAAUUUGUCGAUUUUCCCCUGAUUCUACAUAUUUAGUUUCAGGAGCAGCUGAUGGAAGUAUAAAUGUGUGGAAUGUUCAGACGCUAAAAUUGUAUCGAUCUGGUAAUGUUAAAGAUGGAUCAUUGGUAGCUUGUGCAUUUGCUCCUAAUGGACGCUUCUUUGUGACGGGAUCAUCCUGUGGAGAUCUAACUUUCUGGGAUGACAAAAUGAAGUACUUAUAUAAUGAGAAAGCUCAUGACCUUGGUGUUACCUGCUGUGACUUUUCUUCAAGGCCACAUUCUGAUAAGCAAGAUGCUGAUUAUUUCAGAAUGGCAUCUUCUGGUCAGGAUGGCAUAAGUAAGAUCUGGCUCAUUUCAUCUUCUGAUUCUACAGGAUUUGACCUGAGAUGUAGAUGUACUUUAAGUGGACAUACUGCCCCCGUUCUGGCUUGUGCUUUUUCCUCCAAUGGGCAGGUUUUAGUUACUGGGUCUGUGGACAAAACUGUAAUGAUUUUUGAAACUAACACUGGGAGCAACCUGCACAUUUUGACUCAGCAUACCAGAUAUGUUACAACUUGUGCCUUUGCACCAGAUAUGCCAUUAUUUGCUACCGGUUCAAUGGAUAAAUGUGUCCACAUCUGGGAACUGGAAUCAGAACAACUUUUCACAGGAAGUCCUCUGAUACGGGAAUCAAAGAUUUCUAUUGAUAACUGGACAGAAGAUGAUGUUUCCAUUUGGCUUCAAACACAUAACUUGCAAGACCUAGUUGAGAUUUUUAAAAGAAACAAUAUUGAUGGUAAAGAAUUGUUAAAUCUUACAAAAGAGAGCUUGACUGAUGAUUUAAAAAUAGAAUCUCUAGGUCUUCGCAGUAAAGUUUUGCGUAACAUUGAGGAGCUCAGGAAUGAGAUGAAAGCUGCUUCUCUAGAUAUUCCUGAUGAAUUCCUGUGUCCCAUAACCAAAGAACUUAUGAAAGAGCCAGUGAUUGCUGCAGAUGGCUACUCCUAUGAGAAAGAAGCAAUAGAAAAUUGGAUAAUUAAAAAACGGCGUUCUAGUCCAAUGACGAAUCUCCCUCUUCAGAGACUUGUACUUACCCCAAACCGAGCACUAAAAAUGGCUAUUAAUCGCUGGUUGGAAACUCAGCAAAAAUAUAAUGAAAAGCAAGCACCUUAAAGACUGUCACCUUUUUUUCAAAAUUAGAGGAAAUGAAUCUAAAGGUAUGCAAAACAUUUCAAUAGUGAGCUGCUUCCUGUUGAUACGGUGCACUUUUUUUAAAAACACGGGUUAAUUGAUAACAUUAUCUCAAAUAAUUUAAGCCUUGACAAAUGUCAGCUAUUGUUACAAAUGAUUUUAAGUUUCUGUUAUUGAAUGAAAUCAUCAUGGCUGCAGUGAUAUUUAUAUUAAAAUGGAUUCCAUUGACGUAGGACUUGGUUUUGAUUAAGUAUGCAUGGGUUAGAAAGUAAGUUUUAUUAAUUUCAAGACAGUAUAUAGCUUGUAAUAGAUUAUGCUCUGCAGUAAGUUAUUUAGCAACCAGCAAAGUAAUGAUGUGACUUUUCCUAGAUUUCGAUAUCAGAGCUUGCCAAAAACUCCUGGGCUGAGCCCAUAGUAGACCAGAAAUAAAGAAUUGAGGCCAGGGAGAUGCACGUUUUUCUAUCCCUGUCCUGGAUCUCUAAGUGUACAUAUUUAUGUUCCUGUUUAUUCCAAAGAAUGUGGGAACACCAUGGCCCUGACAGAGAGCAACAGGUACUUAGAUCUUUGGGAUCAAAAGCCUGUCUUGCCCAGCCUUCUUCCAAAUACCUUUGUGAAAUGGGUCUGGUGUCAUGUUUUGUUGAGCUCAGAAAGAGCUAGUACAAGGAGCAAGAAUCUGAAGUUAGUUUUCCAGUUCUGAGAUUUCCUAGGACUCUUUUAUCAAGUUGACAUGACCAUGUGCUGUUAGAUUUUGCAUGACCUGGUGUUAACAGCAGAAUUAUUGCCCUGAAACCAUGUUCCUUUUAUUAAAUGUGUUACAAGCAAUCUUUGUCUUCAGAGGACUAUGAUCAAGAAUGAAGUGAAAAAACUUCCCAGACUAUGCAGUUUAACUAAAAGGGCAUCUCACGACCAAUUAUAACUUUGUACAACUGCAAUACAUUCCUAUUUCAGUGCCUUUCUAGAUGUGUAGCCUAGAUAGAAAGUUGACAAUUCAACCAAAGUUGUGGCAUGGAAUAAUUGUCAACUUAUUGGAGACCAGCUGUUGAGUUCAUCUACAAAUAUUAAACACUCACUUGGGUUCCAACAAUUUUUGGAAGAGAGAAGUAAUCUAUGCAGAUUGUUCAUAUAUUUUACAUUUGAAAUGGAUCCUAAUUAAGCUUGCAUUAAUGAUGACCUCAGCGUUGUGCUGUAAAACUACACUACUGAACCAGAAACUAUAUUAAUAAUCUUUUAUUUAAUAAGAGAAAAAUACAGUAGCUGUGCAAAAAAUAGAUCUACAGAACAAGAGAAUAAGAUUGUACAAAUACCAAGAUAAACAAUAAAUAAGCUACAGAAUAGAUUAAGUCAUUCCAAAACAGACUUUUUAAUGCUUUUUUUUAAAAAAUGUGUGAAGUUGUUAUAAUGUAACAUAUAUUCUGUACAUAUGGAAAUAAAUUUGUUGAAGGGACUACAGAAUUUUCCAGCUUAUACAACCAGCCUUUAUUACUUACAGGAGCAUCCUUACAAAUGUGCCUCUUCAAGAACAAUUUGUAAUUUAAAUAGAUAUUUCCUACUGCAUACUGAGGAAAGUAUCAAUGGCCUUUAUGUAAGCUUCUCCCUCAGAUAGAUAUUAGAUGUUCUAUAAAAAAUACUCUAUGACCUGUAUUUCUCUUUGUUUUUCUGAUAUAACACCUCAAAAGAUGUUUAGAUAAACUAUGUAAAGUGCUGAUUGUAUGUUGUUAACUUGUCAUAUGAGUCAGUGCAAUAACAAAGAUGUUGAAUAAAAUGCAUGCAAAAUUUUACUUCUUGCCUUGCAAUAAUGAUAGACAGCCUCAAUUGCAUGGAAUAAAAUAUCACUGCUGAAAUAUUUGUAAAGAUGAUAUAUUUGCCAGGUUUAUAAAAGUGGGAGAAUAACAGUCAAUCUUCCUUCUAAGAAAAUACUCAUUGACAAAAGUAGGUGGGUUCCAUCCUCUGGAACCAAUAAAUCAAAUUUAAACAAUAAACAAUAUACAUGACCGAACAAAGUGAGUUUUACAACACAAUCCUAUAGUCUGAGAAGUAAAUUAUAUUUAUGUUCAUUGAGACUUAGUCCCCAGUGACUGUAUAUACCACUUCAGCUUCAGGACUGCAGAUUUUUAAAAUACAUUUUUU